CUCUCUCUCUUUACUUUCUAGUAGUAUUUCUCUUCUCGCUCCUGCUCCUGCUCCGCUCCUGCUCCACUCAACCAACAACCACCAACCAUUUAUCCUUUCAUUUUUAAAAUAAAAACAUGGUCUCUGUCGCUAUUCUCGGUGCCGCUGGUGUCGCCGCCGAUAUUUCUCACAUCGCUACCAAUGCCGAGGUCAAGGCCUUCCUUGGCCCCACCCAGCUCGCCGACGCCGUCACCAAUGUUGAUCUCGCCAUCAUCCCGGCCGGCGUGCCCCGCAAGCCCGGCAUGACCCGCGACGACCUGUUCAAGAUCAACGCCGGUAUCGUCAAGAGCCUGGUCGAGGCCAUUGCCGAGAACAGCCCCAAGGCCAUCAUUGCCAUCAUUUCCAACCCGGUCAACUCGACCGUGCCUAUUGCCGCCGAGGUUCUCAAGGCCAAGGGCGUCUACGAUCCCAAGCGUCUUUUCGGUGUGACCACCCUCGAUGUCGUCCGUGCCUCGCGGUUCGUGCGCGAUAUUCGCCCGGAGCUGGACGCCACCACCCUGCGCGUUCCCGUUGUUGGCGGACACUCGGGCAACACCAUUGUGCCUCUGCUGUCCAUUGCCAGCUCGCCAAUUAAGCUGAGCACUGAGGAGCGCGACGCUCUGACCCACCGGAUUCAGUUCGGCGGCGAUGAGGUUGUCAAGGCUAAGGAUGGCGCUGGAUCGGCCACUCUGUCGAUGGCCUAUGCUGGCGCGCGCUUUGCCGACUCUAUUAUUCGCGCUUUGGGCGGCGAGUCUGUUGUCGAGCCCACUUUUAUCCCACUGGCUGCCGACCCUGAGGGUGCCAACCAGAUCCGCGAGCUGGGUGCCGGCGAUCUUGAGUUCUUUGCUGUCACUGUCGAGUUGGGCAAGGAGGGUGUCAAGAGCAUUGUUCAACUGCCCACUAGCAACCUCACUGGGUUUGAGCUCAAGGCCAUUGCUGUCGCUGCCGAGGCCCUGACCACCAACAUCUCGACAGGCGUUAACUUUGUUAAGAAUGCCUAAAUUUUUUCAAUCCAUAUUUUUUAUUCAUUAUCUUUUCAUUUCUAUUUUUUUUCUUUAUUAUAUACAUCUUUUUGAUAUUUC